AUGGAGACCAGCCAGGAAACGUCUGUCUUCCUGGUUAGGAUCUUGGAGGAACUGGACAGUAAGCAGAACACCGUCCCCUACCAGGACCUGUGCAAGUCUCUGUGCGCCCGCUUUGACCUGUCGCAGCUGGCCAAGCUCAGGAGCGUGCUCUUCUACACGGCUUGCCUCGAUCCCAAUUUUCCAGCCACGUUAUUCAAAGACAAGAUGAAAUGCACCGUGAAUAACCAGCAAUCCAAGAAAAUCAUGGUGGCCGCGGACAUUGUGACGAUAUUCAACCUGAUCCAAAUGAACGGGGGAGCCGCCAAGGAGAAGCUGCCUACGAGCCGCCAGAAAACCCGCAAGAAGGACUCGUCUUUCGAGUCAUGCCGUUCGGACGCAGAGAUCUGCCCCGCGGCCCAGUGUGAGCCCUUGAACUGUGAGCUGAAGGAGCGGCCCUUCAGCCGGGGCUACCCCACCCGCCAGUCGUCCAAGUGCAGGAAGAUGGACUGCAAGGACUGCCCGCAGUUCGUCCCCGCCUCCGAGCCCAACUUCUUGCUGGGGGUCAGCAAAGAGGGGAAGAGCCGUGCCGCCUCCCUGGACAGGCUGCAGGCCCUUGCCCCUUACUCGGUCGCCAGCCCCCAGCCCUGCGAGAUGCAGAGGACCUACUUCCCCAUGAACAUCGAGAACGAGUCCCUGUCAGACCAGGACUCUCUGCCCAUCAACCCGGGCCGCAAGGAGACCUUCCUGGCCAACGACGAGCCCUUCGUGGUCCAGUCCUGUGUCCAGAAGAGGAACAUUUUUAAAGAGGACUUUCACAGUCUGAUGGCCGUAUCCCCCAGUUUGGUAGGCCCCGCUGGCAAAGCAGAGAGCGAGCACGGGGAACCCCCGAGUCGCAAGGAAUCCCUCAAGCCACCUUUCUUUAAUCACAGUUUUGAAAUGCCCUACAAUAGCCAGUACCUGAACCCCGUGUAUUCCCCAGUUCUGGACAAAAGGCGGGUGAAGCAUGAGAGCUUAGACGACCUUCAAGCCUCUACUUAUUUCGGCCCCACCCCAGUGAUGGGGGCCCACGAAGCCCGCCGGUGUCCCGGGAGGCCCAGCAAGCAGAGCCCUUGGCCAGCCAAAAGCUGGAGCCUGAACACUGAAGAGGUUCCUGACUUUGAACGGUCCUUUUUGAAUAGAAACCCCUCCGAGGAAAAGCUCCGGUACCCCAAUUCCAGUAGCCAGUCCCCCAGUUUCCCAGCCCCAGACAGGCGCCAGUCGUACCUGGCCCCAAAGGAGCAGCCGCAGAUGGUCCCAGUUGGCUAUGCCGCAAAAGCCAACGGGCUCAAGUCUAAAGAGGUCGCGUCCCCCGUGGACCUGGACAAACACGAACAGGUCAAAAAAUUUAAGGACAGAGGCAUUGGCUGCACCAGCAGACAGCUCAGCUCGGACACCAGUAGCGUGGGCACCCAGACGGAACAGCAUGUGCUGGAGCCCCCCAAAUGCAAAGACCCCACCCAGGGCAAGUACAUGAAGCAUUCGGAUGACGACUCAGAGGUCGUCAGCGACGACAUCAGCGACAUUUUCCGCUUCCUCGACGACAUGAGCAUCAGCGGCUCCACCGGCGUCAUACAGUCCUCUUGCUACAACAGCACCGGGUCCCUGUCGCAGCUUCCUAAAUUAGACUGUGACAGCUCGCCCGAGCGUAACCUGUCCAAGGCCGCCAACGGGGCUCCCAACAGCAAGGCAGACAAGGGCAGCCGGCCCGCCGGGCACCAUCACUCGGAAGAAGAGCUGAAGAGCAGUGUGUGCAAGCUGGUGCUGAGGAUCGGCGAGAUCGAACGGAAACUCGAGUCGCUGUCCGGAGUCCGCGAGGAAAUCUCCCAGGUCCUGGGCAAGCUGAACAAAUUGGAUCAGAAAAUGCAGCAGCCGGAGGUGAGCGUGCAGAUCGAUCUGAAUUCCUUGACGAGUGAGGCUCCAUCCGACGACAGCGCCUCCCCGCGCAUCUUCCGGGCGCACAAUGGCUCCCACGGACCCAAGCUGGAGAACCACGCCGACUGGUGCUGUUCUGACGCCAGCGGAAGCAACAGCGAAAGCCUGCGCGUCAAGGCCUUAAAAAAAAGCCUCUUCACCAGGCCGUCCUCCAGGUCCCUGACGGAGGAGAACAGUGCCACGGAGUCCAAGAUCGCCAGUAUCUCCAACUCCCCGCGAGACUGGCGCACCAUCACCUACACCAAUCGCCUGGGCCUCAACGAGGAGGAGCUGAAAGACAGAGGCCCCGGGGACAACAAAGAUUGGCAUCGGAAAUCGAAAGAGGUAGACAGGCAGUACGACAUCCCUCCGCAGCACCGGCUGCCCAAGCAGUCCAAAGACAGCGGCUUCCUGGUGGAACAGGUGUUCAGCCCGCAUCCCUAUCCUGCGUCCCUCAAGGCGCACACGAAGAGCAACCCGCUGUACACCGACAUGCGGCUGACGGAAAUGGCCGAGGUGAAGCGGGGCCAGCCUUCUUGGACUAUCGAGGAGUAUGCCCGAAAUGCAGGCGACAAGGGGAAGUUGACAGCUCUGGACCUACAGGCUCAAGAAUCUUUAAAUCCAAACAACUUAGAAUAUUGGAUGGAAGAUAUUUAUACUCCAGGCUACGACUCAUUACUAAAGCGUAAGGAAGCUGAAUACAGACGAGCCAAGGUCUGCAAGAUAGCAGCUCUCAUUGCAGCUGCUGCCUGCACGGUCAUCCUGGUCAUUGUUGUGCCCAUCUGCACCAUGAAAUCCUGAGGGGAUGGACACAGGGUCGGGACGGCUCAGGUGUGGUGUAACGUCCUGCAGCAAAAGUCAUUACGAUUUGUUGAACUGGAGCUGAAGUCUCAGAGUCUUCUCUGCAAAUACUGAAGAUGGUCUGCAGGAAGUAUACUUCCUAUGGAGAAAUCUACCUACUUACUAGCGUUAAUUCAGCUACUUGGAUGCAUUUUUAGAAGUGCAAUGCUUUUUUUUUUCCUACCAAAAGAAUGUAAUGGACUACCAUAGAUACAAAACUAAUUCCAA